CUCUCCUGGCUUCAAGUCAAGAAAAUCAAAACAAUUGCCGUGUUAGGCUUGUCAUAACCCUCGCAGUUUCGCAGUCUAUUUAUAGAUAUCAAGGGAAAAGUACCAGGAGUCUCGUGGAAUAUUUCUUCUCCCAUUUCCACCAACCCCAACAUUGACAAAACUCUGCCUAUUCCAUCUGUUCUUCUCUGUUUUCUUCUUCCUUUCCCAGCAACAGCAGCCAGAAAUACCCAGAAAAAGGAAGUUAAGAGGGGGGCUGAAUUUAGCAAAUGGACGGUCUGAUUCCAAUGAUGUACAGGGCAAUAAAGAGGAAACGAGUUCGGAGCCGGUACGAGUGCUUGUCGGCCGGUGAUGCUCAGGCGUUCAAUGCUGCCGACUUCUACAUGAAUGGUCAGGUUCAGGCUCAGCCCCAUUUGUAUUUGGGGCCUGCCAGUGACAAGGCGAUUCAUAAUCGGAGCCAUCAUCGCCGUUACGGCUCGACCGGAGAUUAUCCAUUCGGGCUCACGCCCGGCGGCGACGAGGACGACAUGAACGUGCUGAAGGGCGUUGCUGGUCCACAUUCGAAGCAGGUGGUGAGGUUCAGACGAAGCCACAGCGUGCUCUCCUGUUUUACCGGUGCCUAGGUAGCUUUUGUUAUGAAUUUCUCAGUCUCUUGCUCCUCCCUUUUUUGUGGUUUGGUUUAGUUAUGUGGUGAAGGUGCUAGCAAACAUGAAGUCCCUGUUCAAGUCUGUAAAUUUGGGUGCUCCUGAGACAGGGCAAGUCUUUUUUCUUUC